GUUUUCUGCAAUAUAUUACAUUUUCACGUUAAAUUAUCCAGUGAAAUCUAGGGAAAUAGCCAAUUCGGCAAUGAGCGAAGAAAAAAAAGGCAACGCUUUAUACAUACAAUUACCAUCGAAAUCAUCGUCGGAAAAUUCGAACCGCGUCCUCCAACACCCGUACAUUUACGCGCCCUGCUCCAAGUGCAGCAAAACCCACUUCCAACAAUACGCCGUGGUGAAGGGUUUCAUGCUGAAGUUCGUCGACCAGUUGCGCUCGUUACAAUCGAAAAGCCAGCUGGACUCCGAGGAGUCGCAGUUAUUCCUAAAGUGCGUCGAAUUGGAAUCGGACUGUUCAAUGUCGUGCGAUACGAGCCAUCAGGAUAUUUGCUCGUUGAAAACCUUGUCCACCAAUAAAUGCAAAGAAUCCGAUAGUGACUUUCACAUGCCCUUCAAAAGACACAACGGUUUGGAUCCCUCCGAUCUCAUCAUCUCCCGGCACAAGUCCACGCAAUGCUGCGUCAAGUGCUUGGACACGCAGGAACUGUGUCCCAAAUGCUCGGGGCUGAUGGACAACAGCAACAGCAAAGAAAAGAUAGACGCGGAUGCUUUAGUUAAAAUCACCGGGUUGUUUCAAGAUACCGAAGAAAUCUCUACAUCAUCUCAAGACAAAGCUUGCUCGGCGAAUCCUUCUUCUAGGGACAUCGCCUGCGAUUCCAUCACCACCGAACCACGCAAUCAACUCGGACCCUACAACCAGGUCCCUUACAGCACACAUACAAAAACACAAUCUGGCGCUGCUCUCCAGCAGCAAAAGAGCAGCAACAUCUACGACAAGGUGGCCAAUAGGACUAAUUGCUUGGUAUGCGGAAUGACUUUGUUUUAACAUGCAAAAUCAAACAAUUCUAUUCAUGGGAAAAUGUCG